AUGGCAGCCUUCAGUGUAACCACUGAUAACAACUUCAACGGCAACGGCGAGCACGACUACAGCGGGAAAGACUACCACGGAGAGAAAGAAUACGAACAUAAAAAAUACUGCAACAACAACGAUGGCGCACUGCCGAAGAAGACGAUUUUGUGUACUUUUGGAAUUGUCCGGAGGAACUAUCAAGGGGGGCCCCAGGAAGGCCUCUGCGACAUAAUUUUCUGGGACUACUUCUACAACUCUGGGAGGGGCACCUUUCUCAACCGCAGCUCAGCCGGGUGGCAGUGGUUUCUGGAAUUUGCCCGGAACGACAGCGGAGCCACCCAAUUCGGAAUAGGAAUUGACCACGGCAAUGUGCUUAAAGCAUACAACGACCUAAACGAUGUCACUGGUAUCAGCACAUUUAACGACUUAUGGGACAUGAACAUCCGACAUUACGGACUGCUCAAGUUACAAGUGCAUGACGCUUUCGUCACCAAAAGAAGUACCUUCCAGGACUACUAUACUCUUUUCAAGAAACUGAGAGACCUCCAAGAAGUGAGCAGAGCCAGGGACGUUCGAAAAUAUGGAUGCAUCAUCCUCGGAGUCGGCCUCUUGGCUCCCAGGAGAGGCGAAGUCUACGACUACUUGGAAGAACUUCUUCGGUAA